UCCGUAGAAAACCUACGACUUGCUUUUGGCGCCUGGUAGUACUGCUGCUACAUAAAAGACAUAAAGCGAAGGUUGUGACCGCGUGGUACGGAGGUAUUACUGAAGCAGUUCCUCUUUGUUUUAAGGGUGCGUAUGCAGAAGUAAUUCAUUUUUCAUACGCUGCAUCACUCCAUCAUGCAACACGUGGCGUAAUUUUUUUCAUUCGAUUGAAACAGGCAAGCUAACGAUAGCUUUUCUUUUGCAAGUCGGACCGUGAAGCAGGCAACGCAGCUUGCACAGAAAUGAACAACAUGGGGAAGAAGCAGAAUACCAAGGGCAAGAAGGAUGCUCAGGACACGCAGGAAGAGCCUGAUGAGUUUGUUGUGGAAAAAGUGCUGGACCAGCGUCUUGUCAACGGGAAAGUUGAGUUCUUUCUGAAGUGGAAAGGAUUUACAGAGGCUGACAAUACCUGGGAGCCAGAGGAGAACCUUGAUUGUCCAGAGCUGAUCACAGCAUUCCUGGAAGCACAGAAGAAUGUUAAAGAGAAGCCUGCUCCAGUUAAGCGGAAGUUAUCAACAGAUGAGUCAGAGUCAGAAGCCAAAAAGAAAGAUGUGGCUGAGAAACCACGUGGAUUUUCCAGAAACCUCGACCCAGAACGGAUCAUUGGCGCAACAGACAGUAGCGGGGAGUUAAUGUUUUUGAUGAAAUGGAAAGACUCAGAUGAAGCAGAUCUGGUCCCGGCCCGUGAGGCCAACACUCGCUGCCCUCAGGUGGUCAUUUCCUUUUAUGAGGAGAGGCUGACAUGGCACUCCUGUCCAGAGGAUGAGGCUCAGUAGUGCUGUCCUCUGGUCUCUUUGCACCAACUGCACCCUUUUCCUCAGGACUGAAUGUUCUCCCUCCGCUUGCCUUUGUAGUUUUUAGCUAUUUUAGUGAUUUUUUUUUUUUUUCAAAAUGUUUCAGCCUUCGCAUUCAUUGUAUGGCUGUUGAGGAGAGAUAUGUCUUGUAAAUGAUAAUGAUGAACUGUUUGAAAGAGCGCAGGGUGUGAUGACAUAAUGACAAAAGUCUUCCGGUAUGUCAUAUACUGAUUAGUGCAAAGGCCGUAUAUCAUUUGAUUGAACCCACCACUGCCCAAAUUCAUACCUGACGACAUUUGUAUAUUCUAAAUUGUUACUUUGGUCUGUUAAGGGGUCAACCACCAGGUCUAUAACCCAUCUCAAUAACAUAACAUUCUGGUUUUUGUUUCUGUUUUUAACAAUAGUGUAAACGUUUUGUUCAACAGUGCAUUUUGUAUACCGUCUCUAAAUCUUAUUGGUUCAGCAUUCAAAUAAAGGUUUUACGUGACGAAAAUGUCACUGCUUAUUGUUUCCAAAUAAACAUUUAUUUAAGAA